CAAACGCCGGGAGGAGCCAAACAUUAAGAGGAUGAGGAACACCUCGGCACGAACUGAUUAAAUACUGUACUGAAUCAAAAGUGACUCACCAAAGAGAGCUACAUUUGUGUGGACUCGUCUAUCGUCAUUUUGAGAGAUGAUGAUGAUGACCUCACUCAGCUAGUGACCUGACCUCCCAGUCCCAGAGCGUCCUCAGCCAGGCAACCCAGCCGUGACAGAACCAGUCAUUGGACAGCACAAUAGUAUAAUAUAUAUGCCAUUUAGCAGACGCUUUUAUCCAAAGCCACUCAUCCGUGCAUACAUUUUACGUAUGGGUGGUCCCACAGUGACCGUGUUCAAUUUCUACUAGCAUCAUGGCUGCCAGCCAGCAGAAAGGCACUGCAGUGCUAGAAACCUCAACAGAGGGAAAGCGAACAGAGCUCAGGGCCAAUGAAGUACAGAAGAAAUGCUCAUGGGCCUCUUAUAUGACCAACUCCCCCACUGUGAUUGUCAUGAUUGGUCUUCCUGCCAGAGGGAAAACCUACAUGUCCAAGAAGCUAACCCGCUACCUCAACUGGAUAGGAGUGCCAACCAAGGUGUUCAACCUGGGGGUCUACAGGCGAGAGGCUGUAAAAGCCUACAAAUCCUAUGACUUCUUCAGACAUGACAACGAGGAGGCCAUGGAAAUCAGGAAGCGGUGUGCUCUGGUAGCUCUGCGGGAUGUCAAAGCCUAUCUGACUGAGGGGGGCCAGAUCGCUGUCUUUGAUGCCACAAACACCACCCGAGAGAGGAGAGAAUUAAUCCUUAGUUUUGCAAAGGAACAUGCUUACAAGGUGUUUUUUGUGGAGUCAUUGUGCGACGACCCUGAUGUCAUUGCUGCUAAUGUUAUGGAUGUGAAGGUAUCCAGUCCAGACUACCCAGAGAGACACAGAGAGAGUGUGAUGGAGGACUUCCUGAAGAGAAUAGAAUGUUAUAAAGUUACGUACCAACCAUUAGACCCAGAUGAAAAUGACAGGGACCUGUCCUUCAUCCAGGUCAUCAAUGUGGGCAGGAGCUUCCUGGUCAACAGGGUGCAGGACUACAUCCAGAGCAAGAUCGUGUACUACCUCAUGAACAUCCACGUGCACUCUCACUCUAUCUACCUGUGUCGGCACGGAGAGAGCGACCACAACGUGGAGGGACGCAUCGGGGGUGACGCAAUGCUGUCUGUUCAAGGGAGAAAGUUUGCUGGAGCGCUUAAGGGUUUUGUGGAGGAGCAUGGUCUGUCAGACCUAAAGGUGUGGACCAGCCAGCUGAGACGGACCAUCCAGACUGCUGAGGAGCUUGGGGUGCCCUACGAGCAGUGGAAGAUACUCAACGAGAUCGAUGCAGGUGUGUGUGAGGAGAUGACCUAUGAUAUAAUCGAGAAAACCUACCCUGAGGAGUUUUCCUUGAGAGACCAGGACAAGUACCACUACCGCUACCCAGGGGGAGAGUCCUACCAGGACCUAGUGCAGAGGUUAGAGCCAGUCAUCAUGGAACUGGAGAGACAAGGCAACGUGCUGGUCAUCUGCCACCAGGCUGUCAUGCGAUGCCUGCUCGCUUACUUCCUGGAUAAGAGUGCAGAUGACCUGCCCUACUUGAAGUGUCCCCUCCACACGGUUCUAAAGCUCACCCCUGUGGCUUAUGGUUGCAAAGUGGACAUGUUUGACCUGAAAGUGAAGGCUGUGAACACUCACCGGGAUAGGCCAUUAGAUAAAGUCCGUAAUGACGUCGUUCCUGCCACAUUCCUACGGAGGAACAGUUUCACCCCGCUGUCCAGUCACGACCAGGAGUAUCUCAACUGCUUCAGCCCAGGAGAUGCAGAAGAUGCUGUCCACAGUUGAAGAGGACUGAGAAGGGUGUCUCCACUCCCCCACAUUUUCGCUGCCAUCAGAUCUGGGUUCAAAUACAAUUUAGAAAUCUUGUUAAAUACCUUUAGUGUUCGCUUUAGCUUGCCUGGAGUGCCAGGUGGGUAGUGUUUGCUUUAGCUUGCCUGGAGUGCCAGGUGGGUAGUGUUUGUUUUAGCUUGCCUGGAGUGCCAGGUGGGUAGUGUUUGUUUUAGCUUGCCUGGAGUGCCAGGUGGGUAGUGUUUGCUUUAGCUUGCCUGGAGUGCCAGGUGGGUAGUGUUUGCUUUAGCUUGCCUGGAGUGCCAGGUGGGUAGUGUUUGCACUUUGGGGACUUUUCCACUGAUUCCAUUGCAACAGGCAAGCGCUAUAAAGCCCAGCUAAAUUAUUUUUAAUUAUUUCAAAUAGUAUUUGAACCCAGGUACCAUCUGUCUGCUCAGGCUUGCUUCAUACCAUGCCAGCCUUACCAAUUUGAUUGUCAAGCAGGAGUUCAAGCACACUGUCUUAGCAGCAAAUUAGGUAUGGAAUGUGGUUGUUGUAGUGGCCAGAAUUUGUUCUACAGCUCCAUUUCUGUUGCCAUCUGUUAGAUAGAUGGUGUGUGUGGGUGAAGAGCGAUAUGAUUUGAGACAAACAUGACCUUGCGCACACACACUUAUCAACAGUCAACGUUUAAUUUAUUGUGAACAGAACUUUAGAAUGUUGAAUAGAGGACAUCCUUGAGAUUAUUUGUCUCAGUAGAUUUGAGACAUUCAGUGAUUUGUCUAUUACAAUGUAUUUAAUUUACACUGUAACUAAUGGAGAGGGUUGCCACACUGAAAAAUUUAUAAAAAAACAAAGCACUGACUACAAACACUGUUUUAUCCUUUAAUUCUACAAUGUAGUUUAUAAACAAUUACUUAAGAUCUUAUGAAUAAUAUAUUCUGAACAAAAAUCUAAAUGCAACAUGCAACAAUUUUAAAGGUUUAACUGAGUUACAGCUCAUAUAAGGAAAUUAGUAAAUUUAAAUAAAUUAGGCCCUAAUCUAUGGAUUUGACAUGACUGGGCAAGGUCACAGCCAUUGGGGCCUGGGAAGGGCAUAAGCCCACCCACUUGGGAGCCAGGCCCAGCCAAUCAGAAUGAGCUUUUCCUCACAAAAGGGCUUUAUUACAGACAGAAAUAGUCCUCAGAAAUUAACAUUAAAUUCUCUGGCAACAGUUCUGGUGGGCAUUCCUGCAAUCAGCAUGCCAAUUGCACACUCCCUCAACUUGAGACAUAUGUGGCAUUGUGUUGUGUGACACAACUGCACAUUUGAGUGAUCUUUUGUUGUCCCCAGCACAAGGUGCACCUGUGUAAUGAGCAUGCUGUUUAAUCAGCUUCUUGACAUGCCACACCCGUCAGGUGGAUGGAUUGUCUUGGCAAAUGAGAAAUGCUCACUAACAGAGAUGUGCAUAAAUUUGUUUACAUCAUUUGAGAAAUGUAUUUUUGUGCGUAUGGAACAUUUCUGGGAUCUUUUAUUUAAGCUCAUGAAACAUAGGACCAACACUUUUACAUGUUGUCUUUUUAUAUUUUUGUUCAGUAUAUGUACCCCUUUAAUUGGAUAGUUGAAUAUCAUCUCUUUUGAACAUUCUUAUACUUGACCAGCCUUGUUUCCUCAGUGAGAGUACAAAUGCUGAAAGACCACCAUACAGGAUUUAACAUGUUGGCUUAAGAGUUAAUGUUAUUAGUUAGUCACAUGUUACUUUUACAUGUUACAUUACUGUGUGUGUAUAGAGUUCACAUUUCACACUGCAAUUCUGUCACAUAUUCAUGGCCAUGUUAUGAAACACCCAUGUCUUUGCAUUAUCAAUGUAUCAAUUGCAUGUCCUCAGCUAAAAUGGCAACAUGAUUUAAGGGGGCAAAUAUUUUUUAGACAGUACUACUGUAGUUAGUCAACAUGCCAUGCCAUCAACAUUUUGGAAUAUUUAUUCUUAAAUGUGCUAUACUGACAUUUGAAAAAGCACAGCGUAAUCGAAGAUGGGUACUUUCAUACUUACAGUUCACUGAUUGUGUCCAACCAUGUGCACCUGGUUUAUUACUGCCACAUUGAUCAUGUUAAAUUCAAUGCUGCUCUAAAGUGCUUCUGUGCCGGUGUUUAGCAACAUUACUUUUGUGUCUGUUACAAGACAAUGUUAUUAUAUAAGUAGGCAGUCAGUCAGUAGCCUGUAAGACUACAACAUACUGAAUGAUAUAAUGGUAUGAUGCUGUAAGAUAUUUUUAGAUCACUAGAAUUAUCUGAUGUAAGUGUAAAUUAUUGAAGAAAUUAUGUUGUACUCUGUCAGAACGUCUUGCUCAUGGCAGUUUGACUUGACUUGGUUCUCUGGUACAUAAUGUGGCCAGAUGUAUUGAGCUCAUUGGGAGGUGUCAUCCUGUUUAGAUGUUUCCACUACAACUCCCUGUCUCUCUCAAGCCAGGGCAAGCCUGUGGCAGAACCCUGGCUAUGGGGAAAGACUGGGAGUGACUUCCUGGGAAUAAUAACCGAGAUGACUCAAUCUUCUCAUAUUUGACCUACAGUAUCUGUGAAAGAGGGCUAAUACAAUAAGUGUCUGAAAGACGUAAAGGGAAGGUGGCAGCAGGGGAUUGGGGAUGUUCAAAUGUUUCCAGACUGGUGUGUCAUAGGGGAAAUGGGUUGGUUCAUUGUUAUACUACCAUCUGAAACUUCAGUGUCUGUGUAUAGCAUGAACUACUGAAGCAUACAGUACAUUAUUCUCACAGGAAGUAUUUAUUUGGUUCAGUCAGCAGGCGUGCCUCCUUUGACUAUAUAUAUAUAUUUUUCAUUUCUGUUAUUGGAAACAGUAAUGUCCUUGCCACGCAUUACCGCUUUCACAGCCUUGUUUGUGUAUCAGUGGGCAUCUUUCGCAAGACUGCAUUGUACUACACUCGAGGCAACCAUUUACCUAAACCAACAACACUUUAAGGUGUGGAGACAUUGUAAUGAAACCUUAUGAGUCAUAUAGAAACUUGUAUUACUGUAUUUGUAAAUUAGGACAAUUCUGAACUAUAGUUGGAAUAGAAAUAAUAAAUUGUUGGGUUUUCUGAUGUGUAGGGAACUUAAAUGGUGCUUUAUAUAAAUGUGUCAAACUCAUUCCAUGGAGGGCCGAGUGUCUGUGGGUUUUCGCUCCUCCCUUGUACUUGAUUGAUGAAUUAAGGUCACUAAUUAGUAAGGAACUCUCCUCACCUGGUUGUCUAGGUCUUAAUUGAAAGGAAAAAAACAAAAGUCAGCAGACACUAGGCCAUCCAUGGAAUUAGUUUGACACCCCUGCUAUAAACCAAUGACAGACCGAGGACCAAAAUAAAUCAGUACUCCGCC